AUGGAGGCGGCCAAGAUGGCGUCUCCCAAGAGCGCCCCUAAAGACGCGCAGGUGAUGGCGCAGAUCCUCAAAGACAUGGGAAUCACAGAGUACGAGCCGCGUGUCAUCAACCAGAUGCUGGAGUUCGCCUACAGAUACGUGACCACCAUCCUGGAGGACGCCAAGAUCUACUCGAGCCACGCCAAGAAGUCGAGCGUGGACGCGGACGACGUGCGCCUGGCGAUCCAGUGCCGCACUGACCAGUCCUUCACAUCGCCCCCGCCCCGGGACUUCCUGCUGGACAUUGCCCGGCAGAAGAACCAGACGCCACUGCCACUGAUCAAGCCGUACUCGGGCCCGCGGCUGCCGCCCGACAGGUACUGCCUGACCGCCCCCAACUACCGCCUCAAAUCCCUGCAGAAGAAGGUCUCAUCCACAGCAGGGAGAAUCACAGUCCCUCGCCUGAGCGUGGGCGCCGUGAGCAGCAGACCCAGCACUCCCACUUUGGGCACCCCCUCAGCUCAGACCAUGUCGGUGUCUGCCAAGGUGGGAGCGCCGGUGUCGCUGGCGGGGCAGCGCUUCACUGUCCAGAUCCCGUCCUCACAGCCCGCUGGCAAGUCAGCCACUCCCACCACUCCCACGGUGCAGAACGUCCUGAUCAACCCAUCCCUCAUCGGCCCCAAGAACAUCCUGAUCACCACCAACAUGGUCCAGCCCGGCGCCGCCGACCCCAACCCGCUCAAGAGGAAGCACGAGGACGACGACGACUACGAUGCCUUGUGAGGGCCCCCAGCCCCUCCCGUGGGAUUCAUGGAGCCAUUCCCAUGGGAUUCAUGGAGCCAUUCCCAUGGGAUUCAUGGAGCCAUUCCCGUGGGAUUCAUGGAGCCAUUCCCGUGGGAUUCAUGGAGCCAUUCCCGUGGGAUUCAUGGAGCCAUUCCCGUGGGAUUCACAAGGACUCCAGAGGGUGGGAAUGGGCAGGAAGGCCCCGUUUGGGCCUCGGGAGUGUGGAAAUAAAGAGGAGAGUGUUUGUAA